AUGACCAAUGGCGGAGCCACAUGUUCGCCGAAAAAAUACAUUGUGUAGGUACGUAAAAUAUUUUUUAUGUAUAUAUUGCGUAACGACACUUUUUGAUUUUUUCAUGAAUUUACUUCUUUAUUUUUUGAAAUCCCUUGAUGAAAAUUUUGACUAUAACAAAACGAAUGAAUAAAAGUUUUUUGUUUUUUCGAAAUGAUGAAGACCAAAAGGGGGACUUCAUUGCUAUUUAAAAUCUCAAGAAAACCACAUCUUAGAGAGCAUACCUACUAAUUUUUGCAAUAAUGGAGAAAGCCUUCACAUUUAUUCUCUUAACACUCUUGUUGCUCAUGGCUAGUUCAGCCAUGACCCAUACCAACAUUACCACUGAUCAAUUAGAUCUUCUGUCCUUAAAAUCUCAAAUCAUUUCCGACCCCUCUCACUUCUUCGAUGAAAACUGGUCUCCCGUUGUUUCUGUUUGUCAUUGGGUUAAAGUCACUUAUGGCUCUCGUCAUCAACGAGUGAAGUCCUUGAAUCUUUCCAACAUGGCUCUUACACAUUCCCCGUGAAUUUGGAAACCUCUCAUUUCUUGUUUCUCUCGACUUGCGAAGCAACAAUUUCCGUGGAAAUUUGCCUCAAGAAAUGGCACGCUUGCGUCGUCUUAAGUUUCUUAGGUUAAGUGUCAACAACUUCAGCGGAAAGGUUCCUUCUUGGUUUGGAUUUUUACACCAACUUCAAUUUCUAAGUCUUAGGAAUAAUAGUUUCACUGGUUCCAUUCCUUCAUUUUCUAGUAUGUCCACACUUGAGACUUUGAAUUUGGCAUUCAAUUCCUUAGAAGGUCACAUCCCUGUGUCUCUCUCGAAUGCCUCAAGGUUGGAGACGUUAGAAUUAUCUUAUAAUUCACUUCAAGGAAACAUUCCAGAAGAGAUCGGCAAUCUUCGCUACAUGAACUAGUUGGGCAUAGAGCAUAAUCAGCUAGUGGGUUCUAUACCAUUCACAAUUUUCAAUAUUUCUAGGAUCGAAAUCAUUGCAUUUACAGGCAAUAGCUUAUCAGGAGGUCUUCCCAAUUGUUUAUGCAAUCAUCUCCCAACACUCAAACAGCUUUAUCUGUCUUCUAACAAGCUUCGUGGUCAUAUGCCUACAAGCUUGUCAAAUUGUUCUCAACUUCAACUAUUGGAUUUAUCGGAAAAUGAGUUUGAUGGACCAAUACAUAGUGAAAUUGGAAGACUGAGUAACUUGCAGCAAUUGUAUCUCGGAUAUAGCCAUUUCACAGUUAAAGUGUUCAAUCUGCAACUAAAUGUGGCAUUCAAGAGCUUUGAUACGGAAUGUGAAGUUCUGCGCAGCCUUUGCCAUAGGAAUCUCGUAAAAGUCAUCACUAGUUGUUCCAACCUUGAUUUUAAGGCUUUAGUGCUCGAGUAUAUGCCAAAUGGAAGUCUUGAGAAGUAUUUGUAUUCACACAACUACUUCCUCGACAUCAGGCAGAGACGAAGCAUCAUGAUAGAUGUGGCAUGUGCAUUGGAAUAUCUCCAUCAUGGGUGCACAUUGCCAGUGAUUCACUGUGAUGUGAAGCCUAGUAAUGUCUUGCUGGAUGAGGAUAUGGUUGCCCACCUAAGCGACUUUGGCAUAUCAAAACUUCUAGGUGAAGAUGAGAGUGAUUUAUACACAAAAACUUUAGCAACACUGGGUUAUAUUGCACUGGAGUAUGGACAGGAUGGUUUGGUAUCAACAAAGGGUGAUGUCUAUAGAUACGGGAUCAUGUUGCUAGAAACGUUUACUAGGAGAAAUCCUAAUGAGUUUGAGGGAGAUCUUAGCUUGAAGAAAUGGGUGAGUUAUUCACUUCCAGAGGCAAUAAUGGGCAUUGUAGAUGCCAACUUGCUAACAUCAACUGGCAAUCACUUACAGAAGGAGCUAGACGUUGUGGCAUCAAUCAUGAAAGUGGCAUUAGAUUGUUGUGCUGAAUCUCCGGCGAGAAGAACUAACAUGAAAGAUGUUGUAGCGAUGCUGCAGAAGAUCAAGAUUCAACUUCUUGCAUGCUAAGCAUGUUCUUAUAAUCUCUCGUCACUUCAAGUCACUUGUUUGUUGCAAAUGUUUGCUAAAUUAGUGGAAUAAUGUAAACAUUUCUUUCUUUGCUUUGUUUUAGCACUUGAUUUCCUCAUAAUAUUAAUGUUGCAAAAUGGUGGAACUUGUAAAUAUAAAUUGAAUAACAAAAACCAAAUUAAUCCUCU